CCUUAUUAGGGGACUUUUCUUCCACUCGCUGCCACGCUUUCCUCUCACCACGCCGAGAACCCUAAACCUCGACCUCGCCUGCUGUCCUCGUCGAUCUUCGUCGGUCUCACCUUGGCCUCUCGCUAUUGUCGGCUGCAGGCUUGCUUUUCCGUCCAUUGGGCCGCUGUUUUCUGUCGUUUCUCAUCCUCUAGAAAAAGAAUUGUUUCGGCCCCUUAAAUCAGCUCCUGCGAAUCGUAUCAUUUUGCUACGCGAGGUUACACCACAGGCCUUUUCUUUCCGCGACCGCACGCCCUCUCUCGACCGCCACGAUCUGCGAAGCACACCCCAGAGCCAGCACGAGGGAACGCCCUCGAUCAAUCUUCGUUCCCAGUUGCCCCUGAGGCUUUUUGGCAACGGGAAGUCCUGUAGACAAUUCACAAUGAGCGACCCUAUUGCGGCCACGGCCCCUGCUCAAGAGGCACAGACAGCGUCCCCAGCGCCCGUCAAGAGUUCGCAAUCGAAGCCGACCACGGCCCCCAAAAUGACCAAUGACAAGCUCCAACCUCCGACAACGAGACCUGUCGUUACCUCGCGGAACUCCAUGAACGGCCCGCUAUACAUGCAGGCCAGCAACAACAAAGCUCUUAUCCGCAGAGUGAGACGGAAGGGAGACGGCUCGUUUAAGAGCCUUUGCCGUUGGUUCGUCGACAAUCAGACUGGGUUUUCCUUCAACCUCCUUGCCUUCAUGUUUCUUGCGCACUACUUCCUCCCAAAGGCUCGCCCAACAACGUCCAAAUUCUUCACACUGGGACAGUACAACCCGAGAACUGGCCAAUAUGGCAACGGCAAGGACGACUACUACUUCAUCUCGUUCUGCAUUGUCCUCUUCACAGGACUUCGUGCUGGUGUAAUGGAGUAUGUGCUUGCGCCCCUCGCGAAGCACUGGGGCAUCUCUAAGAGGAAAGACGUCACCCGCUUUUCGGAGCAGGCCUGGAUGCUCCUAUACUACAUUGUCUUUUGGACUCUUGGUGUCUACAUUUAUGCCAAUUCGCCGUACUACUUGAACCUGCAGGAGCUUUGGACGAACUGGCCCAACCGUGAAGUUGACGGUCUCAUGAAGUUCUACAUGCUCGCACAGUGGGCAUUCUGGCUGCAGCAGAUCAUCGUUAUCAACAUUGAGGAGCGCCGCAAAGACCACUGGCAGAUGUUUGCCCACCACAUCAUCACCAUUACACUUGUCUCAGGCUGCUACAACUACCACCACACUCGAAUUGGCAACUUGAUCCUCGUGCUGAUGGACACCAUUGACGUCAUCCUGCCGCUUGCAAAGUGCCUGAAGUACCUCGGUUUCACCACGAUCUGCGAUGGGGUGUUUGGCCUGUUCGUCCUCUCCUGGUUUGUGACUCGCCACGUGUUCUAUCCGAUGGCGUGCUACAGCGUAUACAAGCAUACUGCGCAGCUUAUACCUGUUGGCUGUUAUCGUGGCAGUCAGGAUAACCUCACCGGACCCCACCCUAUUCCGGACAACUGGAGCCACCUCUUCGAGCCGUACAGCAACCCCGAGGGAUAUGUGUGCUUCAGCGACGGAGUCCGAUGGGGCUUCCUGUCGGCACUCCUAUUUCUCCUCGUCCUUACGCUCGUUUGGUUUACCAUGAUCAUAAAGGUGGUUACCAAGGUGCUGCGUGGAGACAGCGCCGACGACAUCCGCAGCGACGGUGAGGAGGAGGAAGAGGAAGUCGAGGAGUACGAGUACGAGGAGGUCCAGCCGUACGAGGAGGAGGUUGGCGUCGAGUCGAUCGACUUGAAGGGCUGGGAGCGGAGAUCUGGCGUCAAGCGGGCAGCUACGGCCACGUCUGUGAGCCUGCCCGGACACAGCGAUCGCAAAGAGCUUCUCGGACGCAUUGGCUGCGAGAAGCAGGUCGAGUAGUCGGUCGCAGAGGCGUUCUUGCUUAGACACGGUGUCGAUUCAUUCUACAGCCCCUCACGCAGUGCGUGCAGGUAUGCUUGGUAUCAUUUCACAAUGGAGUAUUUGGAACUAGAAGGCUCUGAUUUUUUCCUCCCUACAAGAUGUAUGGCAAAGUGCAUACAGAAAAGCUGUUCAUGAUGAUGCAUGUUCACUGUAUUUUCCUCUGAAGCUUGGUUGCGAUAGAGAAAAGUCCCAUUGAAUUCAAAGAAUCAUUUUUCUA